UUUCAAACUCGAAUAAAAUCCCUACCCAAAUCUAACGACCAAACUUAAACUCCCACAUUUCUUACACAACACAACACUCCCAAAGACAAAACCCAACAACAACAAAAAAAAAAAUCAAACUUUUUUUUUUUUGCAGUCUCUCUUUCUCGAGAACCAAACAGAAAAAAAAUGGCGGAACUGGAGAACCCAGAGGUGAUGCCGAAGCUGAUAGCUUUCCUGUCGUCACUGCUCGAACGAGUGGCGGAGACGAACGAUCUCAGCCGUCGGAUUCAGACGCAGAAGAUCUCAGUGUUCCAUGGAAUCACUCGGCCCACGAUCUCGAUCCACAACUACCUGGAACGGAUCUUCAAGUACGCGAAUUGUAGCCCUUCUUGCUUCGUCGUGGCUUACGUCUAUCUCGACCGUUUCACCCAUCUUCAACCUUCCCUCCCCAUCACUUCCUUCAACCUCCAUCGUCUCCUCAUCACCAGCGUCAUGGUCUCCGCCAAAUUCCUCGACGACAUAUACUACAACAAUGCGUAUUACGCCAAAAUCGGAGGGAUCGGCACCGCGGAGAUGAAUUUCCUGGAGCUGGAUUUCUUGUUCGGGUUAGGGUUCGAUUUAAACGUGACGCCAAACACGUUCCACGCCUACUUGUCUUACCUGCACAAGGAGACGAUGCUUCUUCAGCCAAUCCCCGUCCGACCUGUCAUCGCUUUCAACGAAGAAGAAUCUUCUCAUCAGCAACAGCAACUCGCCGUUUGAUUCUGCCUUAUUUCUCCUUUGAUCAAUCUCUCUUUUAGCUGUGUAGCUGUAGAUUAUGUAGAGGUAAUGACGCUUUCUUGUCUUAAUCUUUAUUUAUAUAUAUAAAAAACUUUUACAUCGGUAAGUUCAUGACUAUUUUUGCCCUUCUC